AUGAGCCUCCCGCACGACACUCAACCUACGAGUUCCACGACUUCAAUAGACCGAAGAGGCACGACGCGUUCGCCAUCACCCAAAAUCGCAUUCGUAUCAGCCAACUUUCCCGCACAUUCACGCUCUACAGCACCCGGCCAGGCCGUGCAGAACAUCACUAGACAGGUAAUUCGCAGGCUUUCGAGCUUACAGCACGUGGAGGUGCUAGAGAUGCCGAACGAGAACGAACACGACGACGACGAGCUGCUUUCAGGACGAGACACGCCCAGUACAGCAUCCCCGCCGAGGGAGGGGUCGCCGGAGUACACCAAUGGCGUAGACCACCAAACCAAUGGUCGGGUUGCGAAUGGGAAUGGGAAAGUGCAAGUACCUGCGAAGAAAAUCGACUGGGAGAUUCCUCGCAAAGUGCUGCAUUCAUCAAUAGGAUUCCUGACAUUAUACCUCUGGACAUCUCAGGGCUCUCCGAAGGCAGUCGUUGUCGUUCUCUGGACAGCGUUCGCGGUUAUCUUGCCUGCGGACUUUAUCCGCCUGAGAUGGCCCGCGUUCGAGCGCACAUACGAACGGCUUCUUGGCUUCCUAAUGCGUGAAUGCGAAAAGGAUUCUGUGAAUGGGGUCGUAUGGUACAUCCUCGGUGUGAACUUUGCGCUGACUGCCUACCCGCUCGAUGUUGCGACGGUAGCCAUCCUCAUAUUGUCUUGGGCCGACACAGCCGCAUCUACUGUCGGCCGUAUGUUCGGUUCGGUCACACCACGGCUUCCUUCGCGCCUACCCUUCCUGCGCCUCCCCCUUGCGCCUCGCAAAUCACUAGCAGGGUUCGUUGCUGCUUGCGUCACCGGCACACUCAUAGCGAUCGGGUUCUGGAAAUGGAUAGCGCCGCUGCGCCACGACACACAAGACAUCAGCUGGACGUGGGAUAACGGCGUUUCGCCCGCUCUGGUCUCGCCCGCAGUGAAAGACUGGUGCCAGGGGCUGCUGGGCGGUCCCUGCUCGUUGGGCAAUGUCACGAGUGGGUGGGUUGGGCUCGGGUUGAUAGGAGUCAUGGCCGGUUUGGUGAGCGGUGUUGCGGAAGCACUAGACUUGGGGUCAUUAGACGACAACUUGACGCUCCCCAUCGUCGCUGGCGGAUGUAUACUAGGAUCUUUGAAACUCAUGUCACUACUAUCAUAA